AGAAACAGAGUGUCCAUAUUAUUAAUACUAUUAACAUUCCCCAUAUUCUCAUGGAUACUAAAGAAAAUUAAGUGAGCAAUUAGAAGAAAUGUUGCAGUUUCAAGCAGUUUCCAUGAAUCCAAUUCUUCAAUUUUCACCUACUAAAACCAAAUUCCCUUCUUCUUCUUCUUCUUCUUCUUCUUCACCAUUUUUCUUCACCAAAACAAGAACCUCUGUUUCUCAAAAAGUUUCCAUUAGUCAAGGUUACAAGAUGGAUGGGUACCAAGAUUUUGAGCUCAAAGUUCGUGAUUACGAGCUGGAUCAAUUCGGUGUAGUCAACAAUGCUGUUUAUGCAGAUUAUUGCUACCAUGGUCGUCACGAAUUGCUAGAAAAGAUGGGAGUGAGUCGGGAUGCAAUUACUCGGAGAGGGGAAUCAUUAGCGCUAUCAGAUUUGUCCAUGAAAUUCCUUUCAUCACUUAGAAGUGGAGAGAGAUUUGUUCUUAAAGUGAGGGUGUUCGGAAUCUCAAACGUUCGGAUCUAUAUUCAUCACUUGAUUUUCAAGCUUCCAAAUAUGGAGGCAAUCUUAGAUGCAAAGGCUACAGCAGUAUGGAUUAAUAAAAACAAUCGUCCAGUUCGAAUCCCUCAAGAGUUUUUCUCAAAAUUUGCUGAUUAUGUUGGGAAACAACAACAUCACUUCAAAACAGAACAAAAUUAGUACUGUUGGCAUCUUUCCAAUCUUUUCAUUUCUAUAUGUUGUUCAAAUUAAAAUAACAACAAUCAACUUUGAUUUUAUCAUUUCCGUUCAUGUAAUGUAAUUUCGAACAAAUCUUCAACUAUAGUUUUCCUAGAAUUUUCAAUAUUUAAAUUAGAUUACUGUAUAGUCUGUGUAUUCUAAUAAUAUAUGGUUAUCUAUUUAACAUGUUGUACUACAUGAAAUCAAAUUUGAUCA